AUGGAACAAGAACAUGAUCAUCAACCAAACUAUCAUCAACCCAGAAAUAUUCUCAACUUCAAUGCACCACUACUUUCAACAAGACGCCCUGCAAAUUCCACCACCUUGGAGUUAUCUUGCCCGAGCAUACGGCGUCGUAACAGCACCGAUGAUCACCAUAGAAUCCCAUUUUCAUGGGAGAAAGCCCCCGGUAAGCCCAAGGACCCCGAAAAAUGUAGUACUCACGACGAUGAAAAUGACACCCCUCGCCCCAAACUCCCUCCGAGCCUGUGGCGGUACCAACAAAUACUUAGUACCGCUACAAAUAUACCAACAAAAGAUGUCGUUAGUGAUGACAAUAUUGGAUGCGACGCAGAUAUUGACGACGAUGACAUCAAUGACAUGCCAGAGUACGACAUCUACUCCGACGCAGUCGAUGUGUUCUCGCUUUCAGAGGCUAUAGACAUCGUGGAGAGAUCACAGAAGGCGCAAGAAAGUAGUACUACUACAACUACAGACGGGUUAAAGAUGAAGAUUUUUGAAGAGUCAAGAAGAGAUAAUCAGUACCCAGAUUUCAUAAUUCAGAGGUUUCUGCCUGACGCUACGGCUUUGGCCACGGCCUCAGCUCUCGGUGCCAUGAGUUUGAAGAAGAGCUACGAAGAUUACAAGAAGUCACAGAUGAUGAUGAUGAAUAAUUCUAGUUCCGAGAGAGUUUCCGCAACGACGUCGUAUUCUUCGCCCAAGGGCUGCGGGCUUGAGCUGCUUUUCCCAUGGAGAAUGAAGCGCAGGCUGUGUGGCACUGUUAAGAGCCCUGUCCGUACUAGUAGUACAAUGCAACUCCAACGUAGUCACAAAGAAAAAAGGCGUUGA